CAUGAGCCCCCAGCGAAGCGCCGAAAGACUUUGAAGGGAGACGCAGCUGUGCGGUAUCGAAGGAUAUGCUCCGAAACUGAAGGACUCUCUAUCCCCGAUGUGGGUGGGUUCUUCACGGUGCACUUGCCUCCAACAACCAAAGAUGGCCCACCCACGAUCCGUGAAAUACGUGAUAGCGACAGUAGCAACAUUCUGUUGCCUCUCCCGGAGCAGCUAGCUGACGAAGAGGAUGCAUUGGCUGCACCACCAUCCGGAUCUUCACAGGUCACAGCAUUGCCAGCCCUGCAUCCGCUAUUCGACAUGGA